AUGGAGCCCGCUAACGGGCCACUGGAGCCAUCGGAGUUCGACGUUUACAACCGCUUGUCCAAUAUGAUGCAGACCUUCGUGAGUUCUUUUGUUGGGGAGGCUGGAUCUCAGCGAUCCCUGGUCUUCAGCGACCUCUCAAGUAAUUCUGACGUAUUUUCUGUACAGCACAACCACUUUCGUCGAACCUGGAAGCGUCUUCAAGAUUCCACAAUACCCCCUGUUGACGGCCCGCCAAAAAUGACGGAUGACCAGAUCGUCAGGGAAGGGCUGUUCUUCUGUUACCGUCUGACGAACCACCACAAUAUCGAAGAGAGGUCUCUAUUUCCAAUGCUGGCGCAGAAGAUGCCUGAAUUCAGAGGUGACAAUGCAGUUCUGCUGGAACAGCACUGGGGGAUACAUCAUGGUCUCGAAGACUUGCAGCAAUAUCUAGAAAAAUGUCGAUCGCGCAAAACCAAGCUGGACCUUGCGAUACUGAGGAGCAAAAUGGAGCCUUGGGGCCAUGUCCUUUUACUGCAUCUGGACCUGGAAGUCGAGAUGUUGGGCGCGGAGAACAUGAGGAAAUACUGGACGCGGGAGGAAAUGCUGGGAAUGCCGUUUUGA